AUGCCUUCUUGCUUCAGGAUAUUGACUAUAUGCACGUCGUAUUUCUUCUUACUGCUUGCGCUCUGGGCAUCGUACUCCAUUUUUGAAGGCUCUGUUCGGCUUCAAGGUCCAAUCGGGCUCGACCGCAACGUCAGCCCCGUCAACAACUAUAUUUGGAAAGACAAAGUCCCGAAUUUUUGGGGAUGCCAGAAUGACGUAGCCAAAGCACUGCCUUAUUGCGACAUGUCGCUCUCAAUUGACGAGAGACUGGAGGAUUUGCUCUCACACUUGACCCUGGAUGAGAAAGUUGACAUGAUCGGCGCCGACCCUACGCAAGACGUUUGUAUGACUCAUACUAUGAAUGUGUCUCGCAUAGGCUUACCAGACUACUACUGGCUCGUGGAAACAAAUACGGCCGUUGGAUCGGCAUGUAUUGCCGAAAACAAAUGUGCGACUGAGUUUUCGGGCCCGUUAUCGAUCGCCGCUUCUUUCAAUCGAUCAUCCUGGUUUCUCAAAGGUAGCGUUUUUGGCACCGAGCAAAGGGCGCUGAUGAAUGUCCAUGGCGAACGAUUUCAUACCCAUAGCGGCCGACAUAUUGGUCUGACAGCGUUCGGCCCAAAUAUCAAUCAACAACGCGAUCCGAGGUUCGGGCGCUCAUCGGAGUUGCCGGGGGAAGACCCGUUUCUGUCGGGGCAGUACGCCGCGCACAUGGUACAGGGUAUGCAAGAGCGAGAUGCCAACGGAUAUCCUAAAGUUUUGGCGUAUCUGAAGCAUUUUACGGCGUACAGCCGAGAGGAAGGGCGCGGGAACGACGACUACAAUAUUUCGAUGUACGAUCUGUUUGAUACAUAUUUGCCCCAGUACGAAAUGGGCAUGGUCCAAGGCGGAGCCACCGGAGUUAUGUGCUCGUACAAUGCUGUCAAUGGUAUUCCCGCGUGUGCCAAUGACUAUUUACUCAAUAAAAUUUUGCGGCAACGCUGGAAUCGUUCCGAUGCGCACGUGACGACCGACUGUGGGGCGGUGAACAAUCUGCGUGGCAAACCAAUCCAGGCGGCCGAUGAAGCGCAAGCUGCCGCAAUGGCACUCAUGAAUGGCGCGGAUAUUGAGAUGGGAUCAACCUUAUUUGUACACAAUCUCACUACUGCUAUAACACUGGGAUAUGCGACCGAAGAAGCAGUCAAUCAAGCUAUUCGUCGUUCAUAUCGUCCUCAUUUUAUUGCGGGUCGCUUCGAUGAUCCUACCUUGAGCGAAUGGUUCAGUCUAGGGCUAGACGACAUUCAGUCAAAAAAGCACCAGGAGAUCCAAUUGGAAGCAGCACUUCAAGGACUAGUUUUGCUGAAACAUGAGGACAGCAUUUUGCCUAUUGCUGCGGGCACUAAAUUGGCGGUUCUAGGUCCAUUAGGAAUGACGCGGUCCGGCCUGAUGAGCGACUACGAAAGCGACCAAAGCUGUUUUGGUGGCGGGCAUGAUUGCAUACCAACGUUGGCCGAGUCAAUCGGAUUCAUAAAUGGAAAGGAGUUCACCGUUGCAGCUGCUGGUGUCGAUGUGGACUCUCGCAAUACAUCGGAUGUUGAGAGAAUCUUGCAGCUUGCCGCUGACAGGGAUCUUAUAGUGCUUUGUCUCGGGAACACAAAAACUCAGGAGCAAGAAGGAUUUGAUCGCAAGGACACAGCUUUGCCGGGUCAACAAUACGCCUUGUUUGAGGCCGUACUUACUCUUCGCAAACCUGUAGUUCUUGUUUUGGUAAAUGGUGGCCAGAUCGCGCUUGACGGAAUGACCGGAUACCCUUCGGCUAUCAUUGAAGCCUUCAAUCCCAACGGUAUUGGCGGGACUGCCUUAGCUGCGUCUCUAUUUGGUCAAGAGAAUCGCUGGGGGAAACUUCCGUACACAAUAUAUCCGUACAGUGUGAUGCAGUCGUUCGACAUGAAAGACCAUAGCAUGUCAGCCCCGCCGGGCAGGACGUAUCGAUAUUUCACGGGAAAAGCAACCAUUCGAGACAUCAUGCUUUCAUCAAAGGAUCAGCGAUUCCUCGAUUCUACUGGAAUGUACUGUCUGGAACACUGGAAAUAG